UCCAUUCCGCCAACUACCUCGGGUAGUCUCGUGUAUUAUGCUCAACCGAUAACCUGCCAUUGCCAGCUGAUGCCACGAUGCCAGCCGAUGUCUGACUAUUCGUUGAGGAUUGACUCCGAUCUGUCUGACCUGGGUUUCUUCUUCCGAGCCACGUAGAGACACGUCAAUUUCGAAAAAUGGUGGAAAUCGAAUCGAUGACGAGAUACGUCUCGCCGGUGAACCCGGCAGUCUUUCCCCUGCUGGCUGUGGUGCUGCUAGGAAUCGGAGUGUUCUUCACGGCUUGGUUCUUCGUAUACGAGGUCACCAGCACGAAAUUCACGCGAGAUAUAUGCAAGGAGGCGUUAAUCUCCCUGGUUGCGGCAUUGUUCUCUAGCUUUGGAGUGCUAUUUCUGCUGCUGUGGGUUGGGAUCUACGUAUAGAUAGCGUCGAUAAGGUGUUGAAAUUUAUACUGAGGAAAUAUUUGUAAUUGUUAAAAAAUAUAUAUAUAAUAUGAA